AUGCCGGAAAAACCUCCACCAAUGUUAGAACGCUAUGAUGGCUCCGCCGAUCCCGACAACCAUCUCCGCAACUUUAUUGAUGCCAUGGCGUUCUACACAGAUAAUGACCCCGUCAUUUGCAGAGCUUUCUCAUUGUCCCUGAAAGAUGAGGCACUCGAGUGGUACCACACUCUCCCUCAAAAUUCGGUAGACUGCUUCGCCACCGUUGAGGCCCUUUUUCGGAAACAGUACGCUGCUAACAAAAGACCGGAGAUGACUCCUGCUGAGCUCGUAAAUACCAAGCAGGGGAAGGAUGAAACCCUAAAGGCUUUCAUGCAAAGGUACAACGAGACGGCCAGACGCGUGAAAGACGUAAACCAUACCUUUAUUAUCAGCAAUCUCCCUUCGUGUUUAACACCGGGGUACUUUGCGGAACAGUUGUACGCGGAUCCUCCAAAAUCUAUGGAGGAGCUCCAAUCUACAAUUGCGAAAUUCAUCCGAAUUGAGGACCUCGGAAAUUCUAGGAAGAAGCAACAACAGGACAACUCAAACCAGGAGGCUAAGAAGGUCCCAAAGCGGCCGACCAAUGACUUUAAGGCAGAUCGACCACCCCGAAAAGAAUCAGGGUGGAUAUCUAAGUACGAUCGUUACACGUCUCUUAACGCGCCUAGGACAAAGGUGCUCGAAGAGGCUUUGCAUGCCGAACUCCUAACCGUUCGACGAAAAGCCACUCCAAAGAAUGCGGACAACAGUAAGGCAUGUCGCCUGCACAUGAACCACGACCAUGAUACAGAAGAGUGUCACAUGGUGAAAGAUGAGUUGGAAAGACUCAUUCGAGCAGGUUACCUCCAAAACUAUGUCAAAGAAAAGACAGCCUCCAGAGCGACAACUCCCCACCGAAAGGAAUCCUCUCGACGAAGUCCCGAAUGA